UCCUUGUCGGACCUUGGUGAUCGGAUGCUAAGCUGUGGGAAGUUGAUGAGUCGUUGUAGUUCAUGUGUCCGGAAGUUGACCAGGUAUCACUUGACCAUCCGAUUUACAGCUGAGUCUCGUUUGCAAGACGAUCGAUAAUCCUGUUACCUGACAAUUGCAUCGCAUGCGUCAGCUUUCGUGGCACAGCAUAAAUCGCUGCCGGCCGGUGACGCAUCUCCCUGACACCACGCGAUCACACGCUGUGUAGACGCUCCCUAGGCAGCAUGGCAUGAGGUCCACAUAUUUAUAAGUCAUAACUUCCCUGUCCUAUUACUUUACUCUCCAGCGUUAACCAUCCCAUCGUCUUGCUGCUGUCUUACUGUAUUUCUCUUGUGAUCGCCCCACCCGAAUCACCUAACCACUACCAGCCGCUCCACCUACCCGGUCAUGCCAGACGUUCACCUACUUGUCCUGAUCCAUGGAAUGUGGGGAAAUCCCUCCCAUCUUGCUCACGCGAGUAAAAUCAUUCACGAGGUGAAGGGCGAAAUUGAAGACAGCGACGUCAAGCUUGAAGUUCUUGUCGCGGAAACUAAUAAGGAUGAAUCCACAUAUGACGGAAUCGACUGGGGAGGUGAAAGAGUUGCCGAAGAGAUUCUACAGAAAACUACGGACCUAGAGAGGGAAGGCCACAAAGUGACUCGUUUCUCGGUCACUGGUUAUAGUCUUGGUGGACUUGUUGCCCGCUAUGUCAUUGGUAUCCUUCACCAAUCCAAGUUUUUCGAGACGGUGCAACCUGUGAAUUUUAAUACUAUGGCUACCCCACAUAUCGGCAUACCUAGAUUCCCUUCAACAUUCUCCGCGAUAUCCACAUUUUUGGGACCGAAGCUUCUUUCUCGUUCGGGCGAGCAGUUCUUCUGCGUUGACAAAUGGUCACCACGAGGAAGGCCACUUGUAGAGUGUCUUGCGUCUCUCUACCAUCCUGAAUGUUCCCCCAGCAUCCAUGACACGACUGUACCAUAUGUCACUUCUGGCAUCAGUGCAGAAGAUCCCUUCGGCGAGUAUCAGAAGAACGGCAUUAAAAUCGAUUUCCACGAGAAGUACAAGCAUGUCAUCAAAUCUUACUCAGUGGCUCCUUCAUCAUCUGCCAUGACCGAGGAAGAGCCGCGAAGCUGGGCUGGGACUAUCCGGAGCAUGCGCCCACAAUUACCUCCACGAUUCCAAGCCGAGUUUCCCUUGAACGUGGCCGUUUACGCCCUCCUACCAAUUCUCGUCCCGACAUUUAUCUGCCUUGCUUUCAUCCGCCUAUCAUUUCAAUCGCACAAGUCUCGUAGUCGACUAAGGGACCUUGAAGCGCAUUCAACCAGAGAUAGACUUAUUCACAUUAUCGGGAAACUGGAGAGUGAACUCGAAAGCGCCGUAGUUGAUCUUUAUGAUGCCCCCGCUGGCACUCCCAUCCCUACAUCGCCGAUACCUGGUGCUAGCCCUGGUGAUACCACCAGUUCCAUUGCACCCACAAAGGAAAAAGACAAGAAAUCUCGCUCAAAGCCGCCUCCAUACCAGCCUUUGUUGACACCCGGUCAACUUCAGUGCAUCGAGAAUCUCAACAAGAUACCGCAACUGAAGAAAGAGCGAGCUUUCUUUGAGGGUGUACGCAAUUCUCAUGCAAUCAUAGUUUGUCGUGAUCCCAAGAUGUUCAAGCACCAUUUAGAAGGGGAGGGUGUAUUACGACACUGGGCAGAUCACUUCAAGCUGUAGCUUUUAUUGUAUUCUCGUUGUGUUGUUUACUUGUAGUUAGAGAGGACUCGGACACUUACAGAAACAAUACCAACGAUCGACGCGUCGCGAUGGUGCGUCACAGCCGCAUGCUGUCAUGCGGACUCGGAAGCUUUCAAUUUUGUAAUUGAUCAUUAAUCAUUCUUUGU